UUCACGACAGGUUAUCGUUUAUCAAAUUGAACGUCUUUGUAAAACAUUAGCAUACAAAAAAUGAAUUAAAACAUUACUUUCGUAUAUUAGUUUAACUGACGUGCUUGUACAACAAACACCAAAAUGAAUAGCCAUAUGAAAGAGGCUUUUAACCGUAUGAAACCGUUAUGCGAUUUGAUUAUGGUGAAUCCAUCCCCUGAACAUGUAUCUACGUUUGCGGCUAUGGUGUGUGAGUUAAAGAAGGAUCUAGUACAGGAACUACAACAGUACAUGCUGUUUCCUUUUAUAACGCACAUACAGUCUAAGGAAAUUGCAGGAAAAUAUGAGUUGCAAAGGCUUUUAAUAGAUGGCAUGAAGGUAGUUCUGCAAAGAGUCAGGGUAUUCAGUUUUGAAAUGACUAUGAAAAUAGAAAUGGGCCUCCUUGGUCUCAUAUUUGAAAAACCGAAGCCUGGAAUGAUUGCUGACGUGCCAGAAGAGCUAAAACUAAGUGUUGUACAGUGUCUAACUAUGUUGAUGCUGAAUUUAGAUGAUCCAACACGGCUUAAAUUGGUACAGACUCAGGUACCAAUGCUAGCCCAAGCUAUUUUUGUGUCAGUACAUCUAGCUAAACUUGAAAAACUCCGAGUAUUAAGAUUGGCAGCUAUAAACUGCCUCUGUGCCCACACAGUAUCCCACCCCCAACUCACUGACAAGGAUUGCCAUAUACCUGACCCCGUGCUUGAAACAGCGGUUGUCAAUAUGAUGUCCUGCAUCUUACCAGGCGUGAUGGCUGCUUUGCAGGAUGUAGCCACUUGUACAAAUAACCCAGGACAUGCGAUUGUUGUGGCUGCACUAAACGCCACACAUCGCAUCCUUUGCCUCACGAUGCACAACAAACACCUGCCCAAGAAAGAUAAGAUAACCGGGGAAGAUUUUGUCAAUCUGUUGACUGAAAGGGCCACGACGGACAAAGAUGUAAGCGUGGCACCCAAAGACAUACCAAAACGUACUCCAGAAUGGUACAUCAUGGCCGGGGACAAACUAACAAUAGUGAUAAAAAGCUUAGUGCCACUGGUCACUCACGAGCACUACAAAGUUAGAAAGGAACUCGCAGUUCUAUGCUACAGGAUAAUUUCAGAAUGUAACGCGACAAUGCAACUCUCAUUAACAAUGUCCCUUGACGUGUUGAUAUCGCUAUCAAACGACCCCUACAAAGAAGUGUCAGAGUACUGCUCGAACUCGAUAAACGCAUUCUUUUCCUCACAAAACGAUCCGGGCAAGUAUGACGUCAUUGACAGUAUGUGUGAGAAUUUCUUUACAACGCUCAACUGCUUGCCAAGGAUAUUGAACAAUAUAGACUCGAAUCGCAAGCUGUCGGCGCUGAACCUGCUGCAGGGCUACCUGCGCGUGUUGUGCGGUGAGCGGCCGCAGCGGCUGACGGGCGCGCUGUGCGCCAGCGACGGCUACGACCGCCUGUGCGACGCGCUGCUGUGCGCCGCCGCCGCGCACUCGCGCCACGACCUGCUCGUGCGGCACGCGCACCGAGGUCACUCGCUCUCACACUCACUCUCACUCACACCGACGGCUACGACCGCCUGUGCGACGCGCUGCUGUGCGCCGCCGCCGCGCACUCGCGCCACGACCUGCUCGUGCGGCACGCGCACCGAGCGGCUGACGGGCGCGCUGUGCGCCAGCGACGGCUACGACCGCCUGUGCGACGCGCUGCUGUGCGCCGCCGCCGCGCACUCGCGCCACGACCUGCUCGUGCGGCACCGGCUGACGGGCGCGCUGUGCGCCAGCGACGGCUACGACCGCCUGUGCGACGCGCUGCUGUGCGCCGCCGCCGCGCACUCGCGCCACGACCUGCUCGUGCGGCACCGGCUGACGGGCGCGCUGUGCGCCAGCGACGGCUACGACCGCCUGUGCGACGCGCUGCUGUGCGCCGCCGCCGCGCACUCGCGCCACGACCUGCUCGUGCGGCACCGGCUGACGGGCGCGCUGUGCGCCAGCGACGGCUACGACCGCCUGUGCGACGCGCUGCUGUGCGCCGCCGCCGCGCACUCGCGCCACGACCUGCUCGUGCGGCACCGGCUGACGGGCGCGCUGUGCGCCAGCGACGGCUACGACCGCCUGUGCGACGCGCUGCUGUGCGCCGCCGCCGCGCACUCGCGCCACGACCUGCUCGUGCGGCACUUAAAAACUUGGUUUAAAAAUAAAAUGCUUAUUAUAGAUGUUACCUCCACUCCUCCGACGGAUGGUCCGUGGCGUCGCCUGCGACACCUGGACACGCGCGAGUGCGAGACAAAACUGCAAGGGUUAUUACAGCAGUUUGGUGAGGCCGAGUGCGCGGAAUUGUUCCUCGACAGAUUGCUGGAACUCUUUUACGAACGACGGACUAGCGAGUUGGUCUAUAUCAUCAAUUUCGUGGGAUCGGCCCCAAAUUCAUCUCCACGUCUGGCGAAACGUAUAAUCGACGUGUACAUCUCGGAGGACGUGUGGUACCAGCCGCUGGAGGUGGGCGCCGCGGAUGCGCCGCUCAGUGCCGACGACACGCUCGACCCCUCCGUGUACGAUCCGCGCGCCUGGACCAAGGACAGCGUGCCCGGCCUCUACGAGGGCGCGACGGAGGUCCGCUACACGGACAUAAGCCUCGCCCAGCCGCGUGUGAAGUACGUGGAGCCCAACACGUGCGCCACGCUGGCGGAGGCGCAGCGGAACAUGGCCUUCAGCUGCCUCGUCACCGAGGGGCUGGGCCUCAUGGCGCGCCGCCUCGGGCCCGACUACCAGCCGUAUCUCUUGAAGACCCUGUGCCUCAUACUGGAGCGAGUCGGCAGUCAAUAUGAAAACCUACAUUUGGCUGGUUUGAUGGCUAUCAACGAUGUAGCGAAAGCUUUUGGACAUGAAAAAGUUACAGACUUAAUAGCCGUAAAUGCUGAUUAUUUCACCAGUCAAAUCACUUCUAAACUAAAAAAGCCAUGGAACACAGAAUCUGCGCUUCAAAUACUAAAUGUCGUCAUGGAGUACAGCGACGCAAGUAUACUGGACUAUUUAUAUGGAAUAGUUGAAGAUGUCCUACUUCAGAGUUGUGACAAAUACUACGAACAUUAUCUGUAUGCGUAUUUACAAGUUUUCGAAACUUUCAUUAAUUGUAUCAGAAAGUGGUUCCCCGUUGAACUUGACAACAAAAAUAAUAAGGAUAAGGAAUUUGAAAAAGAUGUUCUAAAAGAUACUUUAGAUUUUGUAAGGAAUUCUGAGGAAGCAGAGAGACUGUUAAGUACUGAGGAGUUUGAGAACGAUACUGGUAAAACUGUGGAAGAAAUGUACAAAGAGGAUCUGAAGCGACGUGAAGAUGAUAUACUGGAUUACGAUGACACAGUUACCCGUGAGUGUUAUUACCUUUUUGUUACUAAAUUAAUCUUGUCCAUAAACGGGUUGCUUGCUUGCACACGAUCGGAGAGCGGGCCGCUGCCCGCGCACGUACGCGUGGCGCACCUGGCGCUGCAGCGCUGCGCGCACUUCCUGCUGGCGCCGGCGGACAGCGCGCACGUGGCGCUGCGCGCGCUGCGGGCGGGGCUGGCGCUGCUGCCCGCCGGCGCGCUGCUGCCGCUGGCGCACGCGCUGUGGACGCCGCUGGUGGCGCUCGUGCGCGGCGCCGCGCCUUCCCUGCAGCGCGCCGCGCUCGACGUGCUGCUGCAGCUGGCGGCGCGGGCCAGGGACUUCCUCCGAGCGCGCGCCGUGCGGGACAUCCUACCACACUUAUACAAGUUCCUGAAGAAAUCCGCGACAGACAGCCACCUCAAGGACACGGGCUCGGCGUACCGAGUAUCGCCGGAGUAUCAAUUGCAAGUAGCGAUUCUUACAGCCAUGCCUACAUUGUCAACUGAUUUAAUGCUAGACGAAGAAAAACUUGAGGAGGCCAUGUCUUGUGCCCAGAUAUACCUGUCGAAGAAUCAGCCGAAACCAUUGCAGAUGCUAGCGGUAAAGUUCUUUAAGGACAUCCUUAACUACAACUACGGCGCCGCUUGGAGUCACCUUCGGAAUCUCUGCGCCAAUGACGCCGUACUGACGCCCCCACACACCAAGUUCAUUAAGCUCGAACCAGUCGUAGGCACCCCUUACGAGACUCUUAACACUAACUAUGACACUAAUAUUAAACUCAUAUUCUAUGUACAUAAGUAAUUUCGUAAUAAAUCUGACUUUGUGUCUAAAUUGACAUGUGUGAACUAUGGGCAAGAGUAACUCUUGCUGGUUGGUGGAUAAAUCCUUUAUCAAAUUUGUAAAAUAUCGCAACAAGUACAGCCCUAUUAGCGAUAUUAAUAUUUCUUUUAGAAUGUCUCUGUGAUGUAUUUUUUACUUUCCAUUGGCUGUUAUUUUGUACGACUUGUUUGCUUGUUCUUUAUGAUGAUCUCAUUUAAAAAAAAAAAAAUUUUUUUGACGUAGAUGCCAAAACGCAUAACUUAUGUUUCAAAUAUUGCGCAAAUGUAGAAUAAGUGAAAUUAAAUAAUUGUUACUUUGAAUACAAUUUAAGAUGUAGUAAAAAUUUGUCAUUGCAAAAUUUAUAUUUAGGUAAUUUUUAAAUAAACAAUAUUUCCAAAAAAAUAAAUGUUAACGUCGCAAUUAAGGAUUCUCAAGUGUAGUGUUAAAUAAGGAUGUACAAAAAAGAUAUAAAAAAUAUUGAUUAUGAUAUGAUAGAACAUGAUAGUCAAAAUAGUACAGCAGAUGCUUGAAUAUCAUGAUUUCAGUUACAUUAAUUGACAACCGGGAAAAAUAUCUCUUUGACAAAAUGGACUAUUGAUUUAUAUUUUUUUGAGCAAAACUGUUUUAUGUAAAUUUGUUAGGUAUAAGAUGAAUAAGGUUGUAAUGUUUAAUUAACUUUACGAAACUAUGUAUGUGAAUAUAUCUCAAUAAACAUAACUUUAAGAACUCAA